AUGCCUGCUCCUCACGGUGGUAAAUUGCAAGACCUGGUCGCCAGAGACGCCUCGAAGCACGGGGAUCUGCUGAAGGAAUCGCACGGCUUAACUCGCUUAGAUUUGAGCGAAAGGCAAGUUUGCGAUCUGGAACUAAUUUUGAAUGGUGGGUUCUCACCGUUGGAUGGAUUUCUGACCGAGAAGGACUACUUGAAGGUCGUCGAAGACUCCAGGUUGUCGGAUGGCACCGUCUGGACCAUUCCAAUCACGUUGGAUGUGGCGGAGGAUUUUGCCAAGAGCGUGAAAGCGGAUCAAAGAAUCGCUUUGAUUCAGGACGGGGAGAUUCCGUUGGCGAUUUUGACCGUUGGCGACGUCUACAGGCCAGAUAAGUCGCUUGAAGCCAAGAAAGUCUUCAGAGGCGAUCCCGAACAUCCAGCCAUUCAGUACUUGAACAAUGUCGCCGGCGAUUACUACAUCGGUGGUAAGUUGGAAGCAAUUCAAUUGCCACAGCAUUACGACUACCCAGGUCUGAGGAAAACUCCAGCCCAAUUGAGGUUGGAGUUUCAAUCCAGACAGUGGGAUCGUAUCGUUGCAUUCCAAACACGUAACCCAAUGCACAGAGCCCACAGAGAACUGACAGUUAGAGCUGCCAGAGAGGCAAAUGCCAAGGUUCUGAUCCACCCUGUGGUCGGCAUGACCAAACCUGGUGACAUUGAUCAUCACACCAGAGUGCGUGUCUAUCAGGAAAUUAUUAAACGUUAUCCAAGUGGUAUCGCUUUUAUGUCUCUACUACCGCUGGCUAUGAGAAUGGCUGGUGACAGAGAGGCUGUUUGGCACGCAAUCAUCAGGAAGAAUUACGGUGCAACUCAUUUCAUUGUCGGCAGAGAUCAUGCGGGUCCUGGUAAGAACUCAAAGGGGGUUGAUUUCUAUGGUCCAUAUGACGCACAAGAAUUGGUUGAAUCCUACAAGCACGAACUUGGUAUCAAUGUUGUUCCAUUCAGAAUGGUUACCUAUUUACCUGAUGAAGAUCGUUAUGCUCCAAUUGACGAAAUUGAUACAUCAAAAGUAAGGACUUUGAACAUUUCAGGUACAGAAUUGAGAAAAAGAUUGAGAACCGGUGGUGAGAUCCCUGAAUGGUUUUCAUACCCUGAAGUGGUAAAGAUUUUAAGAGAAUCCAAUCCACCAAGACCUCAACAAGGGUUUGCUAUCAUUUUUGAAAACUCACUAAACAUUUCUCGUGCUCAACUUUCUAUUGCACUAUUAUCAACAUUCCUACAAUUUGGUGGUGGUAGACAUUAUAAAAUCUUUGAUCAUAAAGAUAAUGACAAGACUCUGCUUGAACUUGUACCAGAUUUUAUUAGGUCUGGUACUGGUUUGAUCGUUCCAAAUGAAUGGUCCUCAAAUGUUGAUGCUGCUAACUUGUAUCGUUUAGGAUCGUCUGGUGAUGCCGACAUUAAACUAGAAUCCAAUGAUGAAUCUGUUUUCUUCAUCGUACAAAAAGUUGUUCUAUUCUUGGAAGAUAACGGUUUCAUUCAAUUUUAG